AGCAGCGCGCGCCGCCUCCUCCCCUCAGUUCACUUCACACACUGUUCUUCACAGCACGCGCAGCGCUCGCUCCCUCGACCAUGGAGUACCACAGGACGAGCCAUAUGGAUUACUUUCAGCACAUGGAGCCCAAACAGGGCAAAAUGCAGCAGGUGGAGGACCGCUUCGACAGCGGGGUGGAUUCACUGAACAGCGAAGAGUACAACAGGAUAGUGGAGGACAUGAACCAACUGGUGGUGUCUUCCUCAGAUGUGGACCGAAACUCGUUCUCGUGCGAAGAAGCCUGGAAGAGCGUGCUCACAGAGGACGGAGACACGUACCUUCAUCUUGCAGUCAUACACGAAGCAAAAGAUUAUGCCAUCCAGAUCAUAAGCCAGUCAAUCAAAGACCCCUUCUUGAACAGGCAGAACAACCAGAGACAGACGGCACUUCAUCUGGCCGUAAUCACAGAACAGCCUCACAUUGUGGAGAGGCUACUAAAGGCCGGCUGUGACCCCCGGUUGGUAGAUGACAAUGGGAACACAGCACUUCACAUCGCGUGCAAGAGAGGCUCCAUGACCUGCUUCUCAGUGCUCACACAGAUCAACACACAACACCUCCGCUCCAUCCUCUCCUUCUCAAAUUACAAUGGACACACGUGUCUCCACAUAGCCUCAAUCUACAGCUAUCUUUCAAUGGUGGAGAACCUUGUCCAACUAGGUGCUGACAUUAAUGCAAAGGAGCAGUGUAGUGGCCGGACGUCUCUGCAUCUGGCUGUAGACCUCCAGAAUCUCCCUUUGGUGCACCAGCUGAUUGCCCUGGGUGCUGACGCCAACAGCCUGACCUACGGCGGGUACACGCCAUACCACCUGACUUUCGGCCGGCAUAACAGUGAGAUCCGGCAACACUUGUAUGAGAGAACAGCCCAGAACUUGAGAGAGCUGCCUGAGAGCGAGAACGAGGAGAGCGAAGAGGAGUCAAUGUCUGAGGACGAAUGUAUGUACGAUGACUUUCAGUUUGGUGGGAAGUGAAACAAUGAAAAAACAGACAGGACUAUUUUUUUCAUGAAGCAAUGCAAAUGGCAGCUAAUGCUCGUAAGCAAGGCCAUGUGGAGAACGAUGAGCCCUCCGAAAGCCCGCUGGGACUAGAGCAUGCAACAAAGGGAGACCGGACCAGAGACACGAGACUGAAAACAGCGUCAAGCACCCAGGGGAUCAUUAUGAUAAAUUACCUCUCAUAAAACCCCGACAAUAAAAUCGCUAGUGACUGUAUCUGAAUAGUAAAUGUAUCAUAUUGUAAAAAAAAAAGAAAAAAAGAUAUAUAUAUUUUUGUACUAUGUAAAUAUUUAAAAUGACACUAUUGUAAAUCAUGUUUAUUUCUGUGUAUGACUACAAAGGAUUUUAAAUUAAAAAAUUAACAUUCCUUUUA